AUCAUGAUGCACUUAGCAUCACUUAGCAUCUGUUAAUUAGGAAUAUGAUGCACUUGUUAGCAUCUGUUAAAUAAGAAUUAGAACAGCUGUCAUAACAGCUGGCAGCAAAGUAGUAUAAAUAAGGCCAUUAGGCAGUUAGAGAUGUUAUGUUAGUUAUAACAAGAAUUUUAUCUCUCUAAUCUCAAUUCUCAGUUCCCUUCUCUCUCUUUCUCUCUCUUUCUCCUCUCUUUCACUUCUUCUCCUAUCAUUGGUAUUCAGAGCACUCGAUUCACGGUGACCAAUGGCGGAAGCGACGAGGUUGCAGAGCUCAAUCCGUGAGGCGGAGGAGCGGAUUACGGCGACGAUCGAGCCGUGCAUCAGUAGGCAUUUGCGUGAGCUGGAGCAGAGGUUCGAGCUCCAACUGAACGGGUUCCAGGAGGCGAUGCGAGGCCUCGGGUUGCAGAUGACGGAGAUGUCGUCGCGGCGGAGAGGCGCGAACGACGGCGAGCACCGCAUGCCGACGCGAUUGACGCGAUUGGAUUUUCCGAAAUUCAACCGCGACGAAGCUGAAUCGUGGCUUGUGAAGUGCGAACGAUUCUUCACGCUUGACAACACGCCGGAAGCAGAGAAGGUAGCGAUUGCUAGCAUCGCAAUGGACGAGAGUUCUUUCCGGUGGUUCCAGACCUUGGAACAGAGCACGACUGGUCCAGUUUCUUGGAUGCAGUUCAGCGAUGCAGUGAAGGUGCGUUUUGGUACUGAAUUCGAUUCACCAUUAGAGGAACUUAAGCGCCUGGUUCAAACUGGAACUCUAGAAGAUUAUCAAGAGGCUUUUGAUACCUUGGCUGCGCGCACAGAUUUGUCAGAACCUCAGAAAUUGCAAGUAUACUUGGGUGGAUUGUGUGCUGAGUUGAGCAAUGGUGUGAAGAUGUUUGCACCAAGGACGUUGCUUGAAGCUACACGAAUCGCGAAAUUGCAGGAGAGGAGCAUCGAAUUGCUCCAGAAACGCACUGUUUCGGGUGUCAGAAGCACCGGCGCAUGGUCUGACAAGCGCGGAAACUCUUCAUUUGUUGAGAAGAAGUUACCAGAGAAGAAACCAGGGGGUGAUUCCAAUCAGAAAGGAAUUUUAGGAAAACCUAAUUACACAUUUCAGAGGAAAUUAUCUCCUAAAGAGAUGGAAGAACAUAGAGCACAAAAUUUGUGCUUCUUCUGCCAUGAGAAAUUUUCUCCAGGGCAUGAUUGUCCGCAAAGGAAGAAGUUCCAAGUUUUCUUAAUGGAGGUUGAGGAAGGUGAACCAGAAGCUGUUGACUCUGCAAGUUCUGUUGAUUCUGAACCAGUUGUUCCUACAUUAUCCUUGAAUGCCAUACAUGGGGACUCUGAAUAUCCUUUGAUGAGGUUGACUGCAUGGAUAGGAAAGAAGAGGAUUCAUGUCCUCAUUGAUUCUGGAAGCUCACACAACUUCAUUGAUCAAAAACUGUGCAAGGAAGGCCUGAGCUACCUUAGACCCGUGCAUCCUCUACUGAAGCCUUUACAAGUUACUGUAGCAGGUGGUGGAGUCAUGCAAGGUACAGGCCUAUGUGAUGGAAUACAGUUGAAGAUGCAAGGGUAUGAUUUCUUCACUAGUGCUAUUGCUCUUCCUUUAGGUAGUUUUGAUUUGAUUUUAGGCUUACAAUGGUUAACUCAGUGGGGAACUAUAUCAUGGGAUUUCAAAGCCCUUGUUAUGGAAUUUGAUAUGGGACACCUUAAGGUGAGAUUGCAAGCUGAUAAGAGUGGGAAGGAUAGAGUAGUUUCAGCUGCUAAACUUAAUCAAAUUGUAGCUGAGGAAAGCUUUUGUUUUAUGCUACAAUUGUUUCCAUGUUCCCAAGAGAAAGUGUGUUGUGCUCUUGGCUUAGAGGAACCUGAGGAUCCUGCAACUAAAGAACAUAAAACCACUGUCCUAGAGGAAUUUAAGGAUGUUUUUGAGGAGCCUACACAGCUACCCCCAUUCAGAGGCAUCCAUGACCACCAGAUUGUUCUGAAGGAAGGGUCCAACCCAGUUAGUUUGAGACCUUAUAGGUACCCUCCUGCACAGAAAGAUGUCAUUGACAACAUGGUGAAAGAGCUGUUGGAUUCAGGGGUUAUCCAACCUAGUUCUUCUCCAUUUGCUUCUCCUGUGGUCUUGGUUAAGAAGAAGGAUGGCAGCUGGCGGAUGUGUGUAGACUAUAGGAAGCUUAAUGACAUGACAGUUAAAGCAAAAUUUCCUAUUCCUCUUGUUGAAGAUUUGCUGGAUGAGCUAGGGGGUGCUCAAAUUUUCUCUAAAUUGGACCUUAGGUCUGGUUAUCAUCAAAUAAGGAUGAAACCAGAAGAUAUAGCUAAGACUGCAUUUCAGACUCAUGGUGGACAAUAUGAAUAUGUGGUCAUGCCUUUUGGGUUGUCCAAUGCCCCAGCCACAUUUCAAGGUACCAUGAAUGUCAUCUUUGCUAGUCUAUUAAGGAAGUGUGUGCUCAUCUUCUUUGAUGACAUCCUUGUCUAUAGUAAGUCCAUAGUUGAGCAUGUGGCACACCUUAGACAUGUUUUCACUGUUUUAAAGACUCAUUCCUUCUAUGUCAAGAGAAGUAAAUGUGCCUUCUUUACUACUCGAAUUGAGUACUUGGGCCACUUCAUUACUCCUGAAGGGGUUACUACAGAUCCAGCCAAGAUCAUGGCAGUUCAAGAGUGGCCAGAACUCAGACACUUAAGCAACUCAGAGGUUUCUUGGGCCUCACAGGUUACUACAGAAGAUUCAUUCAAAAUUACAGCAUGCUAGCAUCACCUCUCACUGACUUACUCAAGAAAGAUGCCUUCAUUUGGUCUGAUAAGGCUUCCCAUGCUUUCAAUCAGCUCAAACAAGCCUUAAGUACUGCUCCUGUAUUGGCUAUUCCAGAUAUGGCUAAGCCAUUUGUAGUGGAGA